AUGGAGGAUUGGCCAGGGUGCCAAGAUCCAGCGCAGCUGGGUCAGAACGUCGAGAGGGUUGCUCCCGUUAACGUUCGACCGACGCCGGAAAGGGACACGGCGAACAGCUGGAUAUUAGCCGGAGGAACGACCAGAAGUUUGCCACGUUUUCUACGUGCCUCGACCUCCAAAAAUGCCAACGAAAUGGUGGAACGUGACAGUGAAGAAUUUUUCAAUGAAUUAUAUCGUAGUGACGUGGAAAUUGAUAGUUUAUCGAAAGACAGUUAUAAAUUGGAUAUCAGACCUCCAAAACAGCAAAUUUGCAAAACCUGUUGUGUACCUUUUGCGUAUUGUAACAAUUUACAACACGCAAAUGGAAAAUGUCUUCACGUUGCCGCCUUUGAAAUAAAAUGGACGACUCGUUUCAAAGCCAAGCCUGUAUCAUUUCAUUUUUCAAAAUCACAUCACGAGUACAUAUUCGAACAUCAAUGGAAGCUACUGCACAUAUCUGGAAGUGAACGCGAUUACGCGCAGCGUUAA